AUGUCUGAAGUUUAUCACAAUCAGACGGAUGAUGUCAGCUACGGAGGACGCAUUGUAAUCUCCAUCUAUUUUCUCCUGGUCUCUGUUUGUGGAAUCAUUGGCAAUUUGAUCAUAUUAAUUGUCCUCUUCAAGAUCCCGAAGAUGCGGACACACACCAACAUCUUCAUCGGGAGCCUGGCAGUCAGUGAUAUCUCAACUUGCUCCGUGCUACCAUUCCUAGUUGCGGGCAUCCUCUCGAAGACGGGAUGGCCGAUGCCCAACUGGACAUGCAUCCUUACGACCAUUUACCGUUUCGUCAGCCAAGGCAGCGGCACUUGGAACCUCGUCGUCAUUGCCAUCAACCGCGUCGUCCUCGUUACGAUGUCGACGCGAGUAUACCGGAAACUCUACAAUCCUUGGACGAUGACCGUCAACAUCGCCUUCGUGUGGUUGUUUCCGCUCGCGUUGGUGGUGAUACCGUACCUGACUGGCGCCAUCGACAUCGGGUUCGAUUCCGGCCCCAACAUCUGUAGCGAUACGGACUUAGACAGAAAUGGCAACCCAACAAAUUUGUAUCAACUCAUUCAGGGGACUGCAUUUUCUUGUAUCCCUCUCUGCUUAGUGUUCAUAUGCUAUGUACGCAUUUACGUCUUCGUUCGAUCGCAUGUUCGUCGUCAGGAAAAAACGAACCCGAGUAUGAUAUCGAAAAUGUCAUUGAGAACGGCAUCGCAGGAUCCAAGCUCGUCGACAUCAGACCAGAAGGCAGACUCUGACACCCACACCAGGACUAAAAAGCAGAAGGUUUGUAUUCCGUAA